AUGCCCAUAGUCGACAAGUUGAAGGAAGCCCUCAAGCCUGGCCGCAGGGACUCGGCUGACGAUGGGGAGCUGGGGAAGCUCCUGGCCUCCUCUGCCAGGAAGGUCCUUCUGCAGAAGCUGGAGUUUGAGCCGGCCAGCAAGAGUUUCUCCUACCAGCUGGAGUCACUGAAGAGCAAAUACGUGCUGCUGAACCCCAGGACAGAGGGAGCUGGCUGCCACAGGAGCGGGGAUGAGCCGCAGGCCAGGACACAGGGCAGCGAGCACGCAUACGAGAGCUGCGGUGACGGCGUCCCCGCGCCCCAGAAGGUGCUCUUCCCCGUGGAGCGGCUGUCGCUGCGCUGGGGGCGCGUCUACCGUGUGGGCGCGGGGCUGCACAACCUCGGCAACACCUGCUUCCUCAACUCCACCGUGCAGUGCUUGACCUACACGCCGCCCCUGGCCAACUACCUGCUCUCCAAGGAGCACACGCGAGGCUGUCACCAGGGAAGCUUCUGCAUGCUGUGCGUCAUGCAGAACCACAUCAUCCAGGCCUUCGCCAACAGUGGCAACGCCAUCAAGCCCGUGUCCUUCAUCCGAGACCUCAGAAAGAUCGCCCGGCAUUUCCGCUUCGGGAACCAAGAGGACGCACACGAGUUUCUGCGGUACACCAUUGACGCCAUGCAGAAGGCCUGCUUGAGCGGCUGUGCCAAGUUGGAUCGUCAGACACAGGCUACGACUUUGGUCCAUCAGAUUUUUGGAGGCUAUCUCCGAUCGCGAGUGAAGUGCUCCGUGUGCAAGAGCGUCUCAGACACCUACGAUCCCUACUUGGAUGUGGCGCUGGAGAUUCGGCAAGCUGCAAAUAUCGUGCGUGCCCUGGAACUUUUUGUGAAACCAGAUGUCCUGAGUGGAGAGAACGCCUAUAUGUGUGCGAAAUGCAAGAAGAAGGUUCCGGCCAGCAAGCGGUUCACCGUCCACAGGACGUCCAACGUCCUGACACUCUCACUCAAGCGCUUUGCCAACUUCAGUGGGGGGAAGAUCACCAAGGAUGUAGGGUAUCCGGAAUUCCUGAACAUCCGUCCGUAUAUGUCCCAGAGUAAUGGUGAGCCUGUCAUGUACGGACUGUAUGCUGUCCUGGUCCACUCGGGCUAUAGUUGCCACGCCGGGCACUAUUACUGCUACGUGAAGGCAAGCAAUGGACAGUGGUACCAGAUGAACGACUCCUUUGUCCACUCCAGCAACAUCAAGGUGGUUCUGAACCAGCAGGCCUACGUCCUCUUCUACCUGCGGAUUCCAGGCUCUAAGAAGAGUCCUGAGGGCUCCAUCUGCAGGACAGCCUCCUCCCUUCCCAGCCACCCCAGGGUGGUUCCAGACCACACCAGGAAGAAUAUCAGCAAUGGGACCGCAUCCUCAUCAGUGACUGGAAAGAGACCAGGCGCUGUGACAAUGAAGAAGCCUCAGACCCCUGAAGAGCUCGGGGUGCCCAUUGCCAGGAAUGGCUCUGUGUCGGGCCUGAAGUCUCAGAAUGGAUACACUCCUCCCAAGCCACCCCUGGGGUCCCCUUCCCCCAAACUCUGCAAAACGCCUACCCACGUGCCGACUGUUCUGGAUGAGCCUGGAAAGAAAGUCAAGAAACCAGUCCCCCUGCAGCACUUCUCCCCACCGCUCAAAACCUCCCCGGGGGCCCCCGGCGCCGGCGAGCUGGGCGGCAGCAGGUGUGAGGGCCGCAGGCCCGGCUCCUGGGACGGCAGGGCCACCCUCUCUACCUCACCUCGGCCCCUGGCCGCCAGGACCGCCAACGGGCUCGGGCCCAAGGUGGGUGAUGAGGGCCCAGCCGCCGAGAGGAGGGGCUCCAGCCCUGAGCACCCUGCUGGUGGUAGCCCCGCCAGGUCCCCCCCGGCGCCCCGGAGUGGAGCCGCCCCUCUUGGCGAUUCUCAGGGAACCCACUCUGCUGGCCCCACCAAGGUGCUGCCGGCCCGAGAGGACGCGGAGCUGGUGAAGGCCAAGUGCCCCGACCUGAGCAGCGCCGCCCCCGAGCCCGCCAACACCAUGUCUCCUCCACCGGCCAAAAAGCUGGCCCUUUCUGCCAGGAAGGCCAGCACCCUGCGGAGGGCAACCGGCAAUGACCUCCGUCCACCUCCCCUCUCUCCAUCCUCCGACCUCACCUCCCCCCGGAAACCCACUCACCCCGUCGUCGCCUCCACCUGGCCUGUCAGUACAAUCCGGGCUGUGUCACCUGCUCUGAGACCAUCCAGCCAUCUGAAGCCCCCCCUUGUCCCCCACUCCCCGUCACCGUCCAGCAGCCUCCCGCCUCUCGGGACAUCAGACCCACAGAGCCACUCGCCCGCCUCUGCACCCCUGCCUCAGGUCAACGGGGGCUUCCGGGCCCCCUCACACCAGCUGCCAGAGGCCAGCGAGCCCCCCCAGGGUCUCUGUAAGAAGAGGAGGAAGACCCGCGUGGGAGAGACCCAGGGCCAGGGCUCAGAGACCUGCACGGCCGUGGCGGCCCCUCCAGGGCCUCCCAGGAGGAGGGGGAGGAGGAAGAGGAAGCACACGGGGGACACGGACGCCUCCCCUCUCCAGGCGGGGCGCCCGCCGGGGCCGCCCUGGAGCCCCGCGCACAGGAAGGAGGGUCGGGCGGAGCCGCCGGCGGGCAGACCAGAGGAAGAGGGCGGACAGCAGCCGGGGAACGGCUGGCCCGUGGGAUGCGUGAGCGACGGCCACCGCGUGAGCCGCAGGAAGAGGAGGAGGCAGGGAGCUGAGGGCCUUGGCGGAGAAGACGGCCUCCGCCGGGACCACCCACCUCGGCGUGGGAGCUGCUCUUCCUCAGAUGUCGUCCAGCCGGAGACUAUUGCAGCAUCACCAAGGAAAAAGAAAAAGAAAAAAAGGAAGCAGGAGUCACAGCAGGAAGUAGAAGAGAGUGAGCCUGAGGGCCAGAGGGGCUCUGUAGUCCCUGGGAGCAGGCCAGGGACAGCUGUGAAUGGCCAGGCUCCCGGAGGCCCCACAGGGCUGGGACAGGCUCCUCUUGUAUCCUGGGACAGAGAGAGAGAAUCCGACGUGGUCCAGGAAUUGCUCAAAUAUUCAUCUGAUAAAGCUUACGGGAGAAGAGUUUUGACGUGGGACGGCGAGGUGUCAGCUGUCAGUCAGGACGCCAUUCAGGACAGCAGGCUGGCCCGCAUGGCCACAGUCAUUGACGACUGGGACGAAGAGUUCGACCGAGGGAAGGAAAAGAAAUUGAAAAAAUUCAAGAGAGAGAAGAAAAGAAACUUCAACGCCUUCCAGAAACUUCAGAGUAGACGGAACUUUUGGUCUGUGACUCAUCCAGCUAAGGCUUCCAGUCUCAGCUAUCGCCGCUGA